GUAAUUACUACAUUCUUUAAACAGGUUCUAGAAUAAAUUUCAAGGAUAGUUGCAUCUCAGUGAAUUUUGUUGAAUCCCAUCGAUCCGAUCACCGGCCCGUUUGAGUACGAUAUCGGUCCAAUCUUUGAACUGCGAUCGGACUAUCAUCGGACAACUCUGCACCAUUUGCAUCAACCGCGUGACGUCCUUAUCGAUAUCAAGCUAUAGAGCAUCGUGCUCCUUGAUUUGCUUUCUUCUUCAUUCUCUUGCUCGGAACAAAAAUUCUCAAAAUGUUGGCUCAAAAUUCUAUUCACUCUUAUUCUGUAUAACAACGUAUUGAUUUUUCGAUCGAAUGUGGUUCGAUUGAAUCUUAGUUACCUUUGAUUUUGCUAAAGUUUUUGGAAAAACAAAUGAAAUACAAUCGAAAAAUCAAUACGUCGUUAUUCACAAUAACGGUGAAUGUGUAGUGUUUUCGGGUAUGUAAUUUAAUUGUCCAAGUUAUCAAGUAUUUCCGUCUUGGUAAAUAUGAAAUAAAACUUUGUUCUCGGUUAUACAAGGUCCGCUUUGUAACUUUUUUUUAAACAUGCAAUAAAACACAAACGGUUCAUCCGAUUUAAAAUUUUAAUUUUUCAUAUUAAAGUACAAUCCUUCCGGUUAAUUGUGGAAUAUAAUUUCAUUCAAAUGGCUGCCUCGGUUGGCCUUGCAGUACGCCAUACGGUCGGUCCAGUUUUUUAGUACAUUUUCGAUUGUAUGCAGCUUUAUUUCAGCUAUGACUGCACGAAUGUUGUCCUUCAAGGGUUUGAAUUGUCUCUGUCUUGUCCACAUAACACUUAUCUUUGAAAGCCCCUUAAAGAUAAUAGCUCCGAGGCGGCCAAACGACAUCCGAAUUUCGACUGAUAAUUCGAUCUUCGAAGACUGUGCGCAGAAGAUCGAUCGUAGCGUUGGCUGUGUGGCACGGAGCGCCGUCUUGAUGGAACCAAAUGGUGUCCAAGUCUUCCUCUUCAAGUAACGGGAAGAACCAAUCGCUAAUCAUGGCGCUGUGGUGCUCGCCAUUACCCGUGGCGGCCGCUCCUGCCUCAUUUUCGAAAAAAAAUGGCCUUAUGAUGCCGCCAGACCAAAAUCCGCACCAAACCGUCACUCUCUGAGGAUGCAUCAGCUUCUCCAUGAUAACGUGCGGGUUUUCCGUCCCCAGAUGCGACAAUUUUGCUUAUCACAAUACCCGCCGAGAUGAAAAUGUGCCUCAUCCGAGAAGAUGUUUUUUUGGCACACAUUCCGUAACAUUACCAUGAUUUUCAAAGUAAAACUGCACUAUUUUCACGCGUUCCUCAAGCGUAUACACAACCAUUUUCAUUCAGCGGAAGGAUAAAACUAAGUUUCUGUCAAAUUAAAAAAAUGUUAGAUGGCGCACCCUGUAGUAACUAGACGUGAUUCGACGCUCGAUGUUUACAAAAAAAAAUUGGCGGUCGCUCAAAAAGAAGGUGUUGAUGCAAAAAAGUUGGAAAGGAAACAUCUUUGUCGGUUCUGACCUACCAAUACAUGCACACAUCGGCAGUUCUGUCGAAGCCGAAGAGGAAAAUAACGAAUGUCUGGUCGAUCUAAUCGGCCAAGUGCAAAUAGACCUUAGGCAUCUUAGAGCUUAAGCAGUGUGCCUUUAAAAUUUGCUUAAUGUAUAAAAAAAAGACCUUCAGGCCGACCAGACCGACCCGACUUCGAUUUAUUUUCUGCCUCGGCUAUGGCUGAGCUUUACAUGCAGUUGUGUGCAUGUGCAGCUCAGCCAUAACCCAAGAAGAAAAAUGUCGAGGUCAGGUUGGUCUGAUCGGCCUAAUGCGGGUCAACCUUAAGACGAAUAUGUUUGAAGCUUUCAGGGAUUUACCACAAUUUUUUUUAUUCCGUACUCCCUAACUUCUCAUUAUUCCCUAUACAUAUUUAAAAUCUUCUUUCUAUUUCGCAUAUUUUGUUUUUAGACAUUUAAACCCUAUGCUCGCCACAUUGUAAUGUGUUCGAUCAUUUUAAGCAUUUGUUUAUGUAUUCCUUCCAUAUCCAUUUUUGUUACAACUAUUCGCUCAAAGUCCACGUAAAACAUGACAGAUUUAAAAAUUUAUUUUUGAUUAACGUUUACAUUUAAAAAAUGAGCUUUGUUUGAAUGGUGAUAAAAAAAAGCUAAAACAGAUAGUUACUUUCGAUAAAUUUACCAUGGAAGGUAAUUAUUUAAGCUUGCUGGCAAAAAAAAUUGCACGCCCUUGCGAGCGGCCUUCCGGCAGUUAACCAAAACAUUCGCAAUGGCGGACGAAAAUAUGCGUGUAGGCAUGUAUUUGAGUUCUCAUUUCGUUCUAUUUAUUAUUUUCUCCUCGGCUUUCGCGACAAAAUUGUUGGAGUAGUGCUUACGCUUCAGGCUGACCCAGAAAUUCUCGAUAGAACGCACAUCGAUAUUCAGCCGCUCCAACGAUUGCUUCGACGUCAGAUUGAGCCAGAACACCGCAUCUUCGCCUAUAUGGUAUUUCUUGAUGAGCGAUAAAACUUCCUGCAGGCAUUUUGUACUAGAAAUUUCCCCGUUCAUAUCCAGUUGCGCUUUUUUUUCUUUCGAUGCUCUGAUUGUUGCCUAAUAGUGCCAAGAUGUUGUCGAUGCCGGAACGGGCAGAUGCGUCGUCCCCAAAGUGCCACACGAUGUCCGUUUUCGACGCGGUGGGGUGCCGUUCUGUGAACGGAGUUGAUUCACUGUUUUUGCCAUCAAGGUUAGAGUUUGACUAAUAGAGCUGUCAAAUUAUGAUGAUUAAUGAGUUACUGUGAUUGAUAGUUUUGUUAGGGGUAGUUUUGUUAUGGCAGGUGAAUUUGUGAUUUUUGUCCAUUUUUUUCAAAUUCAACCGUUAAUCAUAAAAAAUUACUGUUUUAAAGAUACAACUGGUUUAGAUUCUCCGAAGUUCAUAAAUUUCUUCGACGCUUUAAGCACACCAGCACUUCACCAUAAAGGCACUGUAUGGUGUUUUUCACGAUACAUUUGAAAAGCUUAUUUACAACGCCAAGCUUUAAUUUAUCAAUAAAAAAUCACAUCGCUUUAAACAUUUGUGUAAACAGUGUCGACGUAGCAUAUUCAAGCACAUUUCACUACAGUUGGUGUUGUGUGGUGUGGUUGAAGACGAAACAGUGAUUUCUGGUUAUUUCAUUUGAUUUUGUUCAUAUUACAGAUAAGAUUCGUUUGAUGUUUGGAUUUCUAUCAGAGAUAUCGUUUGAGUUUAAAUGCUCUUAAUCGAAUAAUUUGGUAUAAAAAUGCCAACAAUUCGAUUUGAUAUUAUAUUUUUCUAAAAUGUACGUUUUGAUUUACUCGCCGUUCUUCCUGCACUGGAUACGAAUUUGCGAUCAGCUGAUUUGAUUUGUACAGGUAGUUUGAAAAGAAGUUUAGACUUCGAAAACAUCUCCGGUGAAUUGAACUCUCAACGAGUGAGCGCGUCGUGUCGCGUUAUUGCUGUGAAAUUUCAAGCUUCAUUUACACUUCCAAGUAUUCAGUUGAACAAAAACCGUAUUCAUCGUUGAAUUAAAAACAACAACACUCAAGAUUUUGAUAUAAUUCAAACUGUACCAUUUAGCAUUUUUAAUUUGUGCGGGAACACUCCUCAAUGUGUAGAUAGAAAUAAUGCUUUGAACCCGCUGUGCCUUUUUUUUGGAAUUGGCUUUUAUUACUCUACCAUUUAGCGGCGCUUUAAAUACAUUCAAAUGUUGAUUAAAAAAUGACUACCGCUUAUGAAAGGUACAUUGCGGCCUAUAUCUUUAAAUGGUAUCGAAAUUCGAUUUUAGAACGGAAGAGAGAUAAUAAGUAUAAAAUUUGCUAUAUUUAGCUUGAAUAUGUUUGUUCCAAUCGCGUUUCUGUUAAUAGUUCUAUUACAUAAUACAACGGAUUGAAAAAAUGUCACAUGAACCUCGAGUUUUGUUCAGUUUUCGUUUACGCGAUUAAAAUUCGAUGCUUGAUGUAUGUGUUACCAAACUAAACAAUUGCAGUUCCGUCGAAUUGAGAUAAAUUUGAGUGAUUAGAUGGAAAUAAUCGACAUUAUUGAAUAGACAUUUCUGGAGCUGAGUCAUACUAUUGUAAAGAUUGAUUAGGUAUGUGUUGUUCAUAAAAGUUUUUCACAUGAAUUCCCCAUCUUGUAAGGGGCACAAUUUUCCCAUUGAGGCCGUUUAAGUUCAAUAUUUUACUCUUUUUAGUUCAUUUCCAACGUGGGGAUAGGGAAGGAUGUGGCAUACAAAAAAAAUGGGGAAAUUGAAAACAUAAACGGACAUCUGUUUGGUAGAAGCCAAUUAAUCGUAAUGAUUAUUGUCAUGAUUGGACAGCGAAGCACCGGAAGAUUAUUUACUGCCUAUCUUUCCCCCAUUGAGAGAUUUUUCGUGUCGUUUUGUUAGUUUCAUUGUCCUAUUUGAGUGUAUAGCCACUUUCUGUUUAUUUCGUUUUAGUGCAAAUGUGAAGUAUACAACAUGAAGUCCGAUGGCUUUAAUGAUGGGCGAAUAUAAAACAUAAAAGUUAUUUUUUGUAUUGCAGACUUAAUCCGACGAGAGAUAACCGAUGUUACGAUUAAAACUUUGUAGCAUUUCAAGAUGUAAUUAAUGAAUCGUAGUGCAAGUAUAACGGAUGUCAACACAUCAAUUAUUACAGCAAUUCAUACAGUAAUCGUAGACCUUACAUCUGUGAUAAUGAAUAGCACUAGUACAGCAGACAUUGCGAGUACGGACGGAUCAAUGCUGUUCGACGCGACGCGGUUUACCUACGACAACAUAGAUGAGAACUUAACAGAAAUUUAUGGCCCAAAACGAGAUCCGCUGUACGUUGUUUUACCUGUCACCAUAAUAUACGUACUCAUUUUUCUUACGGGCGUGAUUGGUAAUAUAAGCACGUGUAUCGUGAUAUCUAAGAACAAGUCUAUGCAUACAGCGACCAACUACUACCUCUAUAGUUUAGCAGUAUCGGAUUUUUUACUGUUGAUUUCCGGAGUACCACAAGAAAUUUAUUUCAUCUGGAGUAAAUAUCCUUACAUUUUCGGAGAAGUGUUUUGUAUAGUACGUGGAAUAGCGGCGGAAACAUCGGCAAAUGCGACGGUGCUUACAAUAACUGCAUUUACUGUCGAGCGAUAUGUCGCCAUAUGUCAUCCAUUUUUGUCUCAUACCAUGUCCAAAUUAUCUCGAGCUGUCCGAUUUGUUUUUGCCAUAUGGAUUGUGGCAAUAAUAUCCGCUAUCCCGCAGGCUUUGCAAUUUGGUGUGACAAAUCAGUCGGGUGUAGAUCAGUGCGUUGUGAAGCGAAUAAUUAUUCAUCACUCUUUCGAGCUGUCGACAUUUGUUUUCUUUUUCGCUCCAAUGACGCUUAUAACAGUGCUAUAUGCAUUGAUUGGGCUGAAAUUGCGGUCUUCCGCACUAAUACAGCGCGAUGGGACGCUACAAAGACGAAACAAUGCCUGCCCUAAUAAUCGACAGCAAGGAACCACCAGCCAAGGAACGCGGCGGGUCUUGAAAAUGUUAGUUGCCGUUGUGGUGGCCUUUUUCGUCUGCUGGGCCCCAUUUCAUGCACAACGUCUGGUGUACAUAUAUGGAGUAGACAAGGAUCACCAGCCAACUGACCCACUAAUACUAAAGUUUUUCGUAGCUACUACCUAUAUAUCUGGAAUACUGUACUAUUUGUCCACGUGCAUCAAUCCGUUGCUUUAUAAUAUCAUGAGCAACAAAUUUCGUCAAGCUUUCAAGGAGACGCUGGCCCAUGGCUGUUACUUUACGCGGAAAUCACACUGCAAGGAGCGAUCAUACCGAACACUAUGUCGAAGGGAGCGACAUCCACCUGCAAACGAAGGAUCUUUUGAAUUUUCAGGCUCCGUCCAGGAUGACAGUUUGUACUCUUCCUCUACACGAAAACAGUCAGUUGAUACCAUAACGCUCUCCAGGGAAUUUUCUUCAAAAAAUUAUUGCCGCGGAAGACAAAUCGAACAGGGAACGGCUGGUUCCCUAACGCAUCCAACAAAAGGUGUGAUAUUAUCAGCACAUCUGGAUUUGUACAAGGAUGAAAAGGAUGUCUAUUUGAGCGUCUUUUCUACAAACGACUCAUCUACACAGUUUUCUGUACCUCUCGUGAAUCUGAAUCGUUCAUCCUUUGAUGAAAUGCAGGAAAUUGCCUACCGUGGUACGGACCCAUCUCCGCCCCAAAAUCCUGUCGUACGCAUAUCUGUUGAGGACAAUCCUAAUCAUCUGUACAAUAGUGUCAACUUUGGUGUGACCAAGCUGGAAGUAAUUUACAGCAAUCCAGUGGAACUAUCGAUUUCGUGUACUAAUGAGCAUAAAGGUUCCCAUCGAGAUUUCAGGAAAUAUUUUCAAAUUGUGUCAUGGAUGAAAAACAAACGCCACCAGCAUCAUCGAGGAACCGUCCAUUUUUAUAGCCCUGUUGCAUGUGGCCCACAUCAGACUACAAAUAGUGAAAGAAAUUCUGGUAUAUCGAUUGAGGAAGAUAAAUGUCAUUUCAAGAUGCAGGAGGAUAAACAACGGGAGUAUGAUUUGGAGACGUAUAUGGAAGAGAUAAAAUUAAGAGAAAACCUUGUUAAAGUUCCAAAAAUUACUACCAGGCUUGGUUUAAAACCCAUAACAUAGUUAUAAAUAAUGAAUAGUUUAAGUGUUGUACAACUUCAACCACUUAUUUUCAAUAAUCUAAAAGAUAGACCUUAUAUGUACCAAUUAUUCUUAAAACAAAAGUCCAGCACACUGAUGUCUCAUCGUUUGUUAAUACAAACUCCAGUUUGCUUCAUAUUGAAGUUGUUGAA